GGGAGGGUGCAGCCGUGACCGAGUGACACCAACUAUGUUAUAAGCUAGCAAAGUUACUGCGAGGUGGACAACUAUUAAUCGUCGAAAAGCUAAUCAGCGUGUUUGUUUUAAAGUUUUGAGACAUGUUCAAGAAUAUACGACUGGUAAGACGCCCUGAAAUGCAACGGAUGGUUGGAAGAAACUUUGUCAAAACAUAGAGGGCUUUGACCAGCUUCUGUUAACGGAGCGCACAGAUUGUACUUGGCUAGGUAGUAACUUUUCUGGCUAAGUUACCUAGCGGAUAGCUAUAAAUGGCAAAGUAAACUCAAGAUAGCUAGCCAGCUAGCAAGCGGUUAGCUGUGGGACAAGUGUACUGCACCUCCAACUUACGUUUGGAGAAAAAACAACGCAACAUUGACAAAUAUGUUGCCGCGAGAAAUUUUGCUUUAAAACUAUAGUUUUAGUAAUGCAAACUUAGCAGCCGGACUGACAUUCAUCAUGAAGACUUAAUACUUGCGUCCCGUGUUCUUGCGAGAGCAAUCAAAGUUAUCACCUAGCACGCUAUCUUCUAGCUAGCGGGCUCACUAUAAGUAGCAGAGAGUGGGUUAUUGCUGAAGUCGAGAGCCUGUCCUGGAGUUGUUGAAAAGUUUAGCGACACACUACUACUAGUACUCCACUUAAAAUAGUAACUUAGUGAGACGUUUUGACAGAAGAAAAAUGAUGGCAACAGAUGACUGCGGUGAGGAGACGGACCCUUCUUCUCUGGUGUCACAGAUAGAUGGCGGAGGAAUAUUGGACACAGCCCGUUUUGCGUUCUGUACAAAGCCGAGGAUUCGGAUGCCGGAGACGGGCCCGACCUUAACUAUGGACACUAACCGCUCCUUGGGGUCACCAGAAGUGUCCCAUCAGAUGACUAUAGACUGGUCAGGGGUGGAAUCGAAAACGGGAACAGCUUCACACAUUCUUAAAGAUGGGAACAGGGUGACAGAUUCCCCAUCGGAGGGCAGUGGUGGUCGGAUAUUACCCAACGCCGCAAGUCCGGAUGGCAGCGCUGCCCUUCCCUCUGUGCCACCGCCCCGCACUUGUGGGAUAUUGGGAACAGUGGAUGAAGGAGAUGGGUUGGACGGCCAAGAAUAUGAAGAAGAGGAAGUGGUCUUCUCCCUCACCGCCCCUCCACUUAAUCAGUGGUAUCAUGGGAAACUGGAUCGGACCAUGGCGGAGGAGAGAUUGCAGCAGGCCCGGAAUCCUGGCAGCUAUCUCAUCAGGGAGAGCGACCGCCGGCCUGGCUCCUUUGUGCUGUCCUUCCUCAGUAUGACCAAUGUGGUGAACCACUUCAGGAUCAUUGCCAUGUGUGGAGACUACUACAUAGGAGGCCGACGGUUCUCCUCCCUGUCUGACUUGAUUGGCUAUUACAGCUAUGUCUCCUGUUUGCUUAAAGGAGAGAACCUCUUAUAUCCAGUGGCGCCUCCUGAGCCAGUGGAGCAUCGCAGAAGAGUGCGAGCAAUAUUGCCAUACACCAAAGUGCCUGAAACUCCAGAAAUCAGUUUCCUGAAAGGGGACAUGUUUAUUGUUCACAAUGAACUGGAAGACGGUUGGAUGUGGGUGACAAAUGUUCGCACAGAUGAGCAGGGGCUGAUUGUGGAGGAUCUGGUGGAGGAAGUGGCCAAAGAAGAAGAUCCACAUGAAGGAAAAGUAUGGUAUCAUGGGAAGAUCAACAAACAAGAAGCCUACAACCUACUUAUGAAUGUUGGGCAGGUGUGCAGUUUUCUAGUGCGGCCUUCAGACAGCACCCCAGGGGACUACUCUCUCUUUUUCCGAACCAAUGAGAACAUUCAGCGCUUCAAAAUCUGCCCCACUCCCAGCAACCAGUUCAUGAUGGGUGGCAGAUAUUACUGCAGUAUUGAUGCAAUCAUGGACCACUACAAAAGAGAGCAGAUUGUAGAGGGCUACUACCUGAGAGAACCUGUAUCUAUCCAGCACCACCAGCAUUUACUGUCCGACAUCAUGGAUGGCAAAGAGAUCUACAACACCAUCCGUCGCAAGACAAAGGAUGCUUUCUAUAAGAACAUUGUGAAAAAAGGGUAUCUCCUCUUCAACAAAGGCAAAGGUAAGCAGCGGUGGAAGAACCUUUACUUCAUCCUAGAGGGGAACGACUCCCAGCUCAUCUACUUUGAGAGUGAGAAGAGAGCCACCAAGCCAAAAGGGCUGAUCGACCUCAGCGUGUGCUCUGUGUAUAAUGUCCACGACAGCAUGUUUGGCAGGCCAAACUGUUUCCAGUUGGUUGACCAGCACUUCGAAGAGCAGUACAUCUUCUACUUUGCAGGGGAAACUCCUGAACAAGCACAGGACUGGAUGAAGUGCCUGCAGACUUUCUGCAACAACCUCAAAAAACCGACGCAACCCUCCUCUAAUAAGCGACUCCGCCAGGUCAGCAGCUUGCUGUUGAAUGUGGAGGAGGCCCAUAAAUUACCCAGCAAGCAUUUCAACAACGCCUACUGCAACAUUUACCUGAACAGCGUCCAGGUGGCUAAGACCCACCCUCGAGAGGGCCUGAAUCCUGUGUGGACUGAAGAGUUCCUCUUUGAUGACCUCUCAAGUGAUAUCAACAGAUUUGAGAUCAGUUUGAGCAACAAGACCAAAAAGAGCAAGGAGAGUGAUAUCUUGUUCAUGGUCUGCCAGCUGUGCCAUCUGCAGCGGGGCAAGAUGAUUGAUGAGUGGUUCCAACUGAGCUCCCACGUGGCUCUGAAGCCCGGCACGGAGACCAGCUCGCUCAGGGUCCGGGCCCGCUACUCCAUGGAGAAGAUUAUGCCCGAGGAGGAGUACAAUGAUUUCAAAGAGCUGAUUCUGUUGAAGGAAUUCCACGUGAUCAAUGCACUGUCCCACGUGUGUGGACAGGACCGGACUCUCCUGGCCAGCAUCCUGCUGCGCAUCUUCAGGCAUGAGAAGAUGGAGGCUCCUCUACUCAGGGCACUCAAUGACCGGGAGAUCAGCAUGGAGGAUGAGGCUUCCACACUCUUCCGUGCCACAACACUGGCUAGCACACUAAUGGAGCAAUAUAUGAAGGCCACCGCCACCGCCUUUGUGCACCAUGCUCUCAAAAACACCAUCCUGAAGAUUAUGGAGUGUAAACAGUCCUGUGAGUUAAAUCCCUCAAAGAUGGAGAAGAACGAGGAUGUGAAUGUGAAUUUGAAUCAUCUCUUGAAUCUUGUGUCGGAACUGGUGGAGAAAAUUUUUAUGGCUGCUGAGAUUCUUCCUCCGACCCUGAGGUUCAUUUAUGGGUGUUUACAAAAAUUUGUUCAACAGAAAUGGCCACUGAAUGUCACAAUGAGAACAAGGGUUGUGAGUGGAUUUGUCUUCCUGAGGCUGAUCUGCCCUGCUAUUGUCAACCCGAGAAUAUUUAACAUAAUCACUGAUCCUCCCUCACCUACUGCCUCACGGACCCUCACGUUGGUCGCCAAAGCUGUGCAGAACCUGGCCAAUCUGGUCGAGUUUGGAACCAAGGAGCCAUAUAUGGAGGGCGUGAACCCGUUCAUCAAGAGCAACAAGGACAGAAUGAUUAGGUUUCUGGAUGAUCUUGGGAAUGUGCCUGAGCUACCUGACACCACAGAGCACUUUAUAACGGACCUGCCACGGGACCUGGCUGCGCUUCACCAGCUGUGCGUCAGCCACUCGGAUGAGCUGCGCACGCUCAGCAACGAACGUGGAGUUCAGCAGCACAUCUUGAAAAAGCUUCUGGCAAUCACUGAGCUUCUUCAGCAAAGGCAGGUUCACUAUGCACCUUGCAACAGCACCAGAUAGGAGGCGCCAUUGUCUCUUCCACAUCACUGUCACAAAACCAAACUCACCUUUUAUCCAAAAGAACGGUCUUACAGAGACUAUAUGCAAAAACCGACAGCAGUUCCCUCUGUGACUGUUGAAAGCCAUGGGUACACACAUCUCAAAGAUAUCUAUUUGCCAAUGUGUAUCCUGGUGCAUGACAUUUGAAAUGUCGUCAAAGACAUGCCACGGGCCUUAAUGCUUUAUGUAUGGUGUCUGACUGAAUCCUGAUUAUGACAAUGCAUGCACAAGUGCCGAGACCAAUUCUUAAUUAACUAUAUGUUAUUUUGUGUUUUAUAUCUAUUUUAUAUAGGAAGGGUAUAUUGCGAAAUAAGGUAUUUUGUAUCAAAACAAUGUUCAUGUUGUAAUCAAGUUACCAAACUAAAUGAAGUGUAAAAGACCUAAGAUUUUUAAAAUUAUUAUUUCAAUACACUUUUGAGUCCUCUAUGAAUUUGAAUUCGCUCAUACGACGGCGUAUAAUGACAGGAAGCUUAAGCACAGAUACAGAGCUUCUCGAUAUGCACAAUAUCACAUCUGACAAGGAACGUCUUCUAUCAGGAAUGCAUGCACUCAUUUUUCCUUUUGUAAAAUAUUAUAUGAUCUUUUUGUAAUGUAUUUGGAAAUAAAUCUGAGUGCAAUCUUUUUUUCAAAACUUA